AUGCUGGAUCAAUUUCUGAUAAAAAACAUCAAACCAGAGGACCAAAAUGAUCGCUCAAUAUCAAUGUUUGAUAUUAAAUCGUCGAAUUUAUCGGAACGUGUAACACCAUGUUUCCCAAUGCUAAUUCCACGGAAAAUUUGUUCGGAAAUUUAUAUUCAAUCAAACGUGAAUUAUGAUGAUUUAUGUGGACCAUGGAUUUAUCCGAAAAAUCCUGUUUAUGGACGGUACGUUGAUUCGGCAAUUCCAGAAGUUUGUGUUUGGAAAUAUUUCACAAAGCAAGAUGUAAUUUAUUUGAAACACUAUCAGAAAAACGUGGAAAUGGUAUCUGCCCUGUUUGGUAAACGAAAUUACCAGUACACAUUAAUAUUUGAUACAUAUCAGUUACGUUGUAAACGAAAAUGUAACACUUUUACAGAAAAUAAAUCCUUGAAGAUGAAUAAAGAAAAAUGCAACAAUAUUCUUAAGAAAGUGCUGCUUCAUUCUUUCACACAGGAAGGCGUUUCUGCAACUUUGGGAUUUGUGUGCUUAACACAUUUAUUUUUCCUUUCCCAUCCAUGGUGUACAGCUAAAGAAGUUUAUCAGUUUUUUUAUGAAAGUAUUUUAGUGCAUGCUGUAUUGAAUUCACCGAAAAGUGUAGAAGUAUUUAACAUAAUAGAAUGCAAGCUUUUGUUUGAAGCAUUUCAUGAAAUAUAUUUAGAGAACCUUACAUUACUACACCUUUUGUGCCAUCCAAUUUAUCAUUUUAUUAUGGUCUUAAGUAAACCAUUGAGUGCAGCUUAA